AAUAAUAAACAAAAAUAAAAUAAAAAUAAUUAUACAUAAUGGCAUCAAAUCAUCAUAAUAUAAAAUGAUGUGUGUUUAUAUUUGAACCCGCAAAUUCCUAUUUAUAUGCCACUAUUUUAAAUUUCAGGCAGAAGGUAAGAUUUAAUGCUUUUUUGAAGUCAAAUUUUGGAUAGCAUGAAUUAAUUUGAAUCUGUGUUCUUUCUAUUCACUUGAUCUCCUGUUAAUUUGACUAUUGCAGUUAUUUGAUAAAAAUAAGAAAAGGAAGUUAGGUUUCAACCUACAAUGAAUAAAGGAGCAAAUGUUGGAGGAGGCGGACCAACUGCCGCCGCGGCCGCCGCCGCAGCUCAAAAGCAGAAGAGCUUACUGCAGAGGGUGGAUGCUGAUAUUGGGAAUAUUGUUGACAAUUAUGGCUUCAUUGUUAACGCUGCACGGGUCAAUGAUCCACCAGUGCGAAAUUCGCAAGAAGCAUUUAUGAUGGAGAUGCGUGCAUCUAGGAUGGUCCACGCAGCUGAUUCACUGCUUAAGUUGGUGUCGGAGUUGAAGCAAACAGCUAUGUUUUCAGGAUUUGCAUCUCUAAAUGAUCAUGUGGAGCAGAGAACAGAAGAAUUUACCAAACAGGCUGAGAAAACAGAAUGCAUGUUAUCCAGAAUUGGAGAGGAGGCAGCUGCUAGCCUUAAGGAGCUUGAGUCGCACUAUUAUUCUUCUGCAGAAAGAACCAGUAGUCUGCCUUCUUACAGCCAAGAAACAAUGCCCUAAACAUGGCUACAAUCGUUUUUUUCUUUCCCAUUGGUUUUCCCUCUCCCUCCUCUUGCUAAUUAUAUUUGUCUACCUUGAAGGUAAUACAUACUAUGAGGUUACUGGACAAACAAUCUAAUGAUCAGAAAUCCAAAUUAGUCCCAACUGACUA